AUGGGUCUGGAAGUGCUCAAGAGCUCACCAGGACGCGGAGACUACAACUUGUCACAAGGUCCCACCGCUUACCCCGUAGUGCCAGCCCGAGCAGUCCUCAGUCGCGGCAAGGAUCGUCCUCCGGCGAAUCUCUCACAAGACAUUAAUCUCCAGCAGCUACAUCCGGGAGACGAUAUUCGACGUCACAGUCUCUUCGUAGGAUCUGAAUCAACACAUGGGAGCAAUGGGGUCCGCCUGUCGCGAAAUGGGAAUUUCAUCCGAAUCUUCCAACUAGAAGUCAACUGCAAGAGAAACGACGAUCCGAUCCGGGGUGAUAUGCGGAUGGUCGAUCUAGACCAUGACCCCGAAUUUGCGGCCCUCUCAUACGUAUGGGGCGAUCCCUCGGAUGAUCGCUGGAAUAUUCAAUGCGGACAGCAUACCAUCAGCGUGCCCUGGAACUGUAUUGUCGCGCUUCGGAAUUUACGACGGCGUUGCCGGCAGAGCAUCUGCAUUUGGGUCGACGCCAUCUGUAUCAAUCAAGCCGAUGCGGCAGAAAAGAGCCGGCAGAUCCUCCUCAUGGGACGAAUCUUCUCUGCGGCCCGCGUGGUCUAUGUCGACCUCGGAUCCGGCGGAUCUCUGACGGACGACGCGAUCAGGUCUCUUAACAGGUAUGCGUCGGUGGAAUCGGGGUGGCUCUCACAUUGCCUGUACUGCAGGCUUGCGGCCACGGGUCUAUCGAAAAAGAAGGAUGCUGCAUUCCGAGCCCUGUUCACGCAUCCAUGGAUCACACGCAAUUGGACCCUCCAGGAGAUCCUCCUGAGCCGCGAUGCGACCGUCAUAUGUGGGAAACGGAGCAUAGCCUGGCGAGAUCUAGAGAAGGUGCUAUCUCGACUCGAGGCUGCUUUCCUCUCACAGGAGAUCUCACCGUUGCCUGCGUAUUUGGAGCCUUGGCUGCAACUCGUUUCGUUAUGCAGGGAACUUGAAGCACGCCGGAAGGUGGACGGCAGCGCUCCGGUCGGAACGCUGAAGAGGCUGUCGGAUCAGGCCGAGCUAGCCGAGUUGAGUCGCUUCGCUGAUCGUUGGACGUUCGCCGUUCACGUCUUGCAGUCCCUCCUACCUGCCCUGUUUUUCCUGUCGUGCAUCGGAGCCUGGCUCGGCGUCAUCCUAGGUUUCCAAAAGACCCUUUGGUGGGUGUGGUUCCUUUCGAUCUUGCUGCCUCUGUUCCUCUUCUACGCCGCCAAACAUUUGUUCUUCCUCGUCGCGAAACUCAUAUUGUGGCCGCUGCGAGUACGGGCUGCGAUUGCUGUGCACGUUCCUGCAACUCAAGCCCUGGCUUGGGCGAUUGCCACGAGGAGUUCGACGGAAGCAAAGGACAAGUUCUUCGGCGCGCGAGGGAUUUUGCUAUCACGAGAUCAAGCCGUGAUCGAUUACGAUUCGAGUUCCCUGGACGACGCUUUCCGUACGCUCACGACCAGCUUGCUGGACUAUACGGGAUCUCUCGACAGUCUGAUCUUCACCUCCGAUGACAGAUUGGUCGGCGCUCCAUCUUGGGUAGCGGACUGGUCGUCGGUGAAUACCUUCUGGGCGAGGCUGCAAAGAGAGGACAGCCGGAUACAAGACCCGAUGAGCUCCCCGAAGGAGCGGGCCCCGACCGCCGAGCAUCCGACCUGGAGGAUCCUUGACGCGAAGAUCCUCGUCGUCCGCGCCCGGAUCAUCGGGACCAUCGACCGACUCUACCCGACGACGUCCGACCGGGACGUGCACUGCCCGAUCGCCACGCGACGGAACAUCGUCGCCUUCCAGAACCUCGGCGCCCGCUGCCGAUGGGACUUCCACGACUGGACGGCCGGCCUGCCGCGCUCCGUGCUCGGGCUGGAGCGGCACCACGACGGGUUCCACAGGGCGCUCGGGGACUGGGCCGAGGCCAUGAUGCGCAACCGGAUCUCGUAUGAGGAUUUUUACGGUCAAGACAGCGAUGGCAUGUCAACCGCGCCCAAAUGGUCAUGGGUGCACCACGCCUUGGUCGAGGAGGUGUCGCGAAAUGGCGUCUUGGCUUCUCUGGGGAUCCGCCAAGCGUCGCAGGAGCUAUAUCUCGCCACGAUCGCCCCGAGGGGGGCCCGGGUUGGGGAUUUGGUCGUGGCGGUCAGGGGGUGCGCGAUGCCGUUUGUCCUGCGGAAGGAUCUCGACGGAGGGUAUCACAUCUUCGUGGGGCCGAUUUAUUCCGCGCAGCACAACUGGGCUCGCGAUCUGGGCGCAGAGGACGAAGGGACUUGGGACGAGUACAUCAUCGGUUGA